UUGAUACAGGUGUAUUUAUUUGUUCAUUUAGUCACUCAAUACCUCGCAUUUCAAAGUCAUCGGACUUUCCAAGUUCGAGGAUUCCAAACAGUCGGGAACCUGAGUCAAGUUCAAGCGCCAGACUUGGGAAGCAGGCUGGAAUCUCCGGGAGGACUCCAGUUGGAGGGUCACACAACCGAGUCAACUCGGCCAGCAGCCUACACGUUCGCUCAGAAGGACCUACUGUUUCGUCAUCAAAACAAGGGCCUUACUGCUUCUUCAUCAAAGCGAGGACCUACCGUUCCUUCAUCUAAACAACCAUCAAGUAGCCAUCCUCAAAAGAAUACAACCGAGGAUAAAGACGAGCUGAAGAAGGACAAGAAGGAUCAGAAGGGACGUUUCAAGAAAGGUCCGACUCCUCCUCCUCUUAUUCCGCCAGCAGUCCCUGGAAAGAGGUAUCUCCCUGGGGACAUCCGAUAUAAGCAAAGCUAUGGAAGGCUGGGCAGAGAACGACUUGCGCCUUCGUCGAGUUUGCCCAAAGAUCAACCGAGCUCAUCGAAAGUGUUUUCAAAACCUGAGUCGUCUUCAAAGCGACUAGAUGAACAUAGCAAACCUGUCAACAGAAAACCAGACACAGAUCGCAGUCGCCACAUGGAAAAGGGAAGACCUCAAAGUGCUCCACUCAAGGGGCAGAGUCAUAUGUCUCGAGAGCACCAUGGUGUCCGACCACCAGAUCGGAAACCAGACCGAAGCCGUGAACAUCGGGACAGGCAUCGUGAGCGAGAACAGUACCGCAGCUAUAAUCGGGCGUAUGAUUACGAUAUGGAGGAUGACUAUGAAGACGACUAUGAUAGUGAAAUGGACGAUUUCAUAGAUGAUAGUGGUUUGGAUAUGGACGAGCUAAGUCGGCAGGAAUUCGAGGAAACGCUCAAGUAA